AGAGAGAGAAAUGUUGCGAACGAUUCUCCGAAGGGCGAUAGCGACGGGCCCAAGGUCCGAUGGCCCAUGGAGGCUGACGGCGACGGCGAGCUACUCGUCGUCUAAGGACACCAAGUCGACGAUGAAGAAGGCCAAGAAGAAUAUCAAGUCCAAAAAAGGCGAGGCCUCUGCCGCCGCAGACGACGAGUCGUACGACGGCCCCGACGCGGAUCUCUUCGACGACAAAGCUCGCGCUCGGCGGCUCCAGGCCGACGAGACCGAUCCCUCGCUCGACGUGGGGCCCAAUGGCCGACCUCUCUUCACUUCCACUCCGACGCUGGCUCAGCUCACCACCAUGGACACCUGCUCCUACUUCAAGUUCAAGACGGAGGAGUUGAACAAGGUGCUGCCGGAGGGUUUGCCGUUGGGGAUGGUGAGGGAGUUCGAGGAGGCAAUGCAGAGCGCCGUGCUUGUUCGCCGGAGCUUUCUCGAUCUCCGGGACAAUUUCCGGCGGGUUGUGGACCCGCCGUUGGGAUCAGCUAGUAGCAAAGGGGAAAAAGUUAAAAAACAGAUUGUCUUGGAUGGUCCUGUAAGCAGUGGAAAGAGUACGGCUCUUGCAAUGCUAGUUCAUUGGGCUCGAGAGGAAGGUUGGUUGGUUUUGUAUGUUCCCAGAGGCAAGGACUGGACUCAUGGAGGUUUUUUCUAUAAGAACCCACAAACAGGUCUUUGGGACACACCUGUUCAAGCUGAAAAUAUUCUCAAGGAUUUCCUAAAAUUUAAUGAAUCCCGUUUAAAACAAUUGUUGUGCCAAAUAUCUGAUCCUAUUCCAUUGGGAGAGGGAGCUGGUGUUGGAUGGAUGAAAGAUGGAAUUGAUUCCAUGGUGAUGCCUGAAGGUUCAACUCUGUAUGACCUGGUUGAUACAGGAAUCAAGCACACUCAUGCAGCUGUUGGAGUGGUUGUUCGUUUGAGGAAGGAGUUAUCUCUAGUGAAAGACAUCCCUGUGCUUAUUGCAAUUGAUCAGUAUAAUAACUGGUUUACGUUCAGUGAGUAUGAAGAGGCAGUAACUGUUCGUUCUACUCGACCAAUACACGCCAAAGAACUCGCUACGGUGAAGGCUUUUAGAUCUAUGAUCCAUGAUGACAUGAUGGUGGGUGCCUUCUCUCAUUCAACAGCAGUAGGAAAACUUCGUCAAGACUUGCCAGAUGUGCCCUCUGAUGCUCGCAUGAACUUACCUCGUUACACUUUAGAUGAAGCAGCAGCUGUUUGCCAUUACUACCUUAGACAGAGGCUUAUACGCCGGGAAGCUUUCUCAGAGGAAAAUUGCAAGAGAAUAUACUACUUGUCUAAUGGAAAUGGAGCAGAAAUGAGAUGGCUAGCUACUUUCAUGCGGGAGCAGUGACAGGUAGAAGAAAUUCUGUAACACAGUAUGAAAAGAAGACUCCAAUUGAAGAGCUGUUGUUUGCCUCACGGCCUCCUCAUUUUGAUCUUAUUCAUCCCUAUUUUCACUGUUUGUCCUUGAGUAACAGAAUCUCCUGUGUUCGUCAUUAAACUAGUUAGAUCAAUUCUCAUAGGCCAACAAGAUAAAGUGUCUGAAGACAUUGUACCAUAGGUAGAUCAGAUCACAGUUUUGUAUUUUUGGUUGUCUAUCUAUAUAAUUCCAUAAUUAACUUUUUCA